GCCUGAUCACUGUCACCUGUGAGUUCAUCAAGGAGCUGCAGGCAAAACAAACAUCGCCAUUAACUUCAUGUGUCCAGCCGCCUUCAGAAGCAUGUUGUCCAACACGGGCCCGGUGGCCAAACUCUACUUGUCCAUAAUUGACGAUGUGAUCGAGAGCAUGAGGGAGCUCUACCUGGAUGAAGGGCUGGAAGACCGAGUCCUGGACGAUUUAAGACGUCUCUGGGAGUCCAAGAUGAUGCAGUCCAAAGCUAUGGAAGACUUCAGGAAGAACAACAUCAACUCAUCCAACUUUGUGCUCCAGCUCCCAGACCACUACGGCCAGAUCGACCGAGAGCGCACAGCCACAGUCGUGAUCCCUGCGAGUCAGAGUAUCCACAGGUUCCCAGUCAAGAACAACUCAGAGACACUUGCUACUUUUUCUCUCCCCGCUGGGUUAGCUUACCCUGUGCAGAUACCAGCAGGAGUCACUCUACAAACAGCCUCUGGUCAACUUUACAAGGUCAAUGUUCCUGUCGUGGUUACUCAGGCCCCGGUGGGUCAGAAGCCUUUAUCCCUACACAUACAGAAGGCUCCUGCCCCUCAGUCAACUGCGGCCCCUCCAACUACCAAACCUCCUCAGCAGGUGGAGCCACCCCCUGCUCCAGCACCUUCUGUCUCCCAGUUGCCGCAGCCCGAUUUACCCCCCAGUCCAGAGAGCAGCCCCGUCCAGCAGCCACAAGUUCCCGCCGCUGGCGCCACGCAGCUUCCGGUUGUCCCCUCUCCACCGGCAGAAGAAAAUGAGCCGAGUGCCCAACCUGAACCCGUGAACUACAGUAUGACCUCCUCACCCUGCAGUCAGUUAUUAGAGGAGGCCUUGGCGCAGACGACUCAGUUAAAGAGCAGAGACAUAGAUGACAUCCUGAAAGAGGUGAUUGAGGAGGAGAGAGUGAAAGCAGAACGGAGGAGGAAUCUGCCACCUGCCAGAACUCAAGAUCAGACCGAGGCUGUCCUCGCUGGGCUGGACCUUGACUACAGCUACAGUGAACUGUCGGACAUCGUUCAGCUGGACGGUCCCGCAGACAACUCCGACGCCGAGGAGGAGGGUGGAGCUCCGCUGGAAGAGAAUGACUUUCUGGGUAUCAUCAAUGCAGAGGCCAUAAAGGCCCUGCAGGAGGGAGGUGGAAGCAGCGAUGGCAACAGCAUCUCCUCCAGCAGUGACAGUGAGGGAGCAGAUAAACUGUCUGCAGAAGACGAGGAUCCCUUGAACUCGGGCGAUGACGUGAUUGAGCAGGACAUCCCGGAUCUCUUUGACACCGACAACGUCAUCGUUUGCCAGUACGACAAAAUUCACCGCAGCAAGAACCGCUGGAAGUUUCAUUUGAAAGAUGGUGUGAUGUGCUACGCGGGCAGGGACUACGUGUUCUCUAAAGCUGUCGGGGAAGCUGAGUGGUAAUGAGCUUUAGUUCUCCUGAGCACAUCAGAUAAUCGUGUUGAAAGAGGGAAAGCGAUGAUUUAAUAGGGAAAGACAAUUAUUGAAUUUAGACCUCUUGUUGGUGUAAUUUGGCUCACAGAGCUGCAAGUUUAAACACCACUGUGCAAAAUUACUGAUACUUCUGUUUGUCUUCUUUUUCUGGAAGGGGGGUUAGGUAAUUAUCAGAGCAAUCCUGCAUCAUUUACGAUGCUUCGAACGAUAACUUACAGUGGUGCCUGUGAAUCCAAUUUACGGAGAAAGCCAGCAUGAAUUUAUGUUGUAUAAUAUUCUGUUAAAUAGUUUUCUUUUGAACAAAAAAUUAUCUGACUUGGAGUUUGUUUUUUUCUCUGUCAUGACAAUGUUGCUCUGAAGGCACCAACACGCCGUUUGAUUUUCUGCCAUUGUAAUGUGUUGCCUUUUGUUCAUGAAUCAAAUACACUUGACUGUACUGUG